CCCUUAAAACUUUGGUCUUCAUUGCUUGUUGCGGUUGGCCUACAGGGCAUUCCCUGCCCACCUCGUAUUACUUUUAUUUGGGGUUUUUUUGGCAUUUAUUUUAUUCAUCUACCUCUGCUUGCACACCUCAUCACCUGGACGCUUGAGAGCAGCAGCUGUUCAUGCUUGGUGCACGGUGAACUCUGGUGAUAAUUAGCCUGCAAUAGCUUUAGUUGUACGUCCUCGAACCAAAAGAAGAAAGAAAAUGACUUGUGCUGAAUAUUCUUUCCAUGUGCCGAGUCUAGAGGAGCUUGUUGGAGUUCUCCAGAAGGGGCUAAAGGAUAACUUUGCUGAUGUCCAGGUCUCUGUAGUUGAUUGCCCUGAUUUGACCAAGCAGCCAUUUACCUUUCCUGUAAGAGGCAUCUGUGGGAAAACUAGAAUUGCAGAAGUAGGAGGUGUGCCUUACUUAAUGCCUCUUGUAAAUAAAACAAAAGUUUAUGAUCUAAAUAAGAUUGCAAAAGAAAUCAAGCUUCCUGGAGCUUUUAUUCUUGGAGCGGGGGCAGGCCCAUUUCAGACUCUUGGGUUCAAUUCUGAGUUUAUGCCAGUUAUUCAGACAGAAGGUGAACACAAACCUCCUGUGAAUGGAAGUUACUUUGCCUAUAUUAACCCUGCAGAUGGAGGGUACCUUCUAGAGAAAUACAGUGAGAAAUAUCGUGAUUUUGGGUGUGCAUUACUGGCUAAUCUUUUUGCCAGUGAGGGCCGACCUGGAAAGGUCAUUGAGGUGAAAGCCAAAAGAAGAACUGGAAAACUUAACUUUGUGACUUGUAUGAGACAGACUCUUGAAAAUCAUUAUGGAGAUAAGCCAGUAGGGAUGGGAGGCACUUUCGUAAUUCAGAAAGGAAAAGUGAAGUCUCACAUUAUGCCUGCAGAGUUUUCUUCCUGCCCAUUGAACUCUGAUGAAGAGGUGAAUAAGUGGUUGCAUUUUUAUGAGAUGAAGGCUCCUUUGGUUUGUCUGCCAGUUUUUGUCUCCAGAGACCCAGGGUUUGAUUUGCGAUUGGAACACACUCAUUUUUUUAGUCAUCAUGGAGAAGGUGGACACUACCACUACGACACUACCCCAGAUAUAGUGGAAUAUCUUGGAUACUUCUUACCUGCAGAGUUUCUCUAUCGCAUUGAUCAACCGAAAGAGACCCAUUCAUUUGGGCGAGAUUAAAUCAACUGAUAUUCAUUUAGAAAAAAGAAAUAACUAAGGUUAAUUAAUUGAUUAACUCAUUAAUUGAUACUAAUAUAAAAUCCAAUAGAAAGGAUCUUACUACUUAAACCCUAUUUUUUUGGUCUUUGAACUGAAAGGUGUGUUGACAUUGUACUCUAUUAUUUCACAGAUCUAUCUGAAAAAGAUUAUUGGGAACAAAGAUAAUGGAGAUGUUCUUCAUUACUUUUUUAUUCUAAAAAUCAGUCUCAUGUUUAUAGCUUAAAUAUAAACAUGAUAAGGAAUCGUGAUUAUUCCUACUGUCUAAUAGUAAAAACUUACAUUUGUGCAACAUUAUUAAAUUUUUCAUAUUAGUCUCACAACUGCUAAGUGGAUGUCUCUGGGUAUUAGAAAAAUCAGUGUUGGAAAUGCUGAUAGUUGUUGAAUCUUUGUAUUGAAUUUUAAAAAUCCAUUUUAGAAGUCAGAGUACACUUUUUUCAUGGAAUAAGGUAGUCAGAGGGAGAAACUUCACACUUUUUGGUUAAGUUGAACCAUACUCAGAAGUUCGCAACUUGCCUUUCACAGACAUUAGCAACUAGGUGGUUAGGUAUGAUUCCUCCUCUGUUUGGAUUGCCAGUGGGAAACAGUUUGUACCUUGUUGGUUAUUUGUAAGAAGAGAAGGGAAAGGAAACAGCAUCAGAAUACAACAUUGGAGUGAGUAUACUCUAAUUUAUAAGUGAGGCUAUUGCUAAACAUGACUACUGUCCUUCAUGAAAUAUAAAAUUAUACUCUCACCGAUGGGAAUGGUUGAAAUUUUCCUCAGUGUCCUUUUAUAAUCAUCAUUAGCCAGAAAUCAACUCUCUAAUCUUACUAAUGCCAACAGUGUGCAAAUUAGGUACUCUUUGGUACAUAAUAAAUCUUCAAAAAAUAUGCUUUGAUUGUCUUCGAAUGUUAACUAUAAUAUGUCCUAUGAGUAUAAAUUCCUAAAUAUUAUUUUUAAAUAAACACUAGUUUGUAGCAAAAAAAUGAAUAAAAAUUUUAUAUUCAUGAUA